CCUCUAAGGACUUCCGGGAAUCUCAGCUGCGGAAACUUGGAAUCUCUGAGUAACGGGAGACAUCGGUUCCGCUAUGGAAUUUGAGGAGGCGAGAGACUUUAAUCAACGCUGUACACAAUGUGCUGCUGUUUCCUGGGGAAUUACUGAUGAAGGAACUUAUUAUUGCACAUCUUGCCUCAAUGUUACAGAGAGGUGUAAGGAGGUUGCAAAUGUGGAGUUUACACCUAACACAAAGAUCCAAGCCAUCAACAGAGGACUUAAAAAAAAAAGGAAACUUGAGAAAGGCUGGGAGUGGUAUGUCUGUGAAGGUUUUCAGUAUAUACUUUGUCAGCAAGCUGAGGCUCUGCUAUCCCUAGGACUGUGCCCCAAAUUAAAGGAUGAAGUAUUACAUAAUUUUUGGAAACGUUACCUUCAGAAGAGCAAGCAGGCAUAUUGCAAGAAGCCAAUAUAUUCCAAUGAUAAUAAAUCUGCAGCAUCUGAUAGCUAUCUGAGUCCUUUAGACUUGGAUAGUGAGCCUGAGCUGCGUAGUAUCCGUAGCUGCCCUUCCUCAGAAGGUGAAGCAGAAUCUCAGUCUGAUGUCCCUGGUAGACUGAUUCUUCCCAACAUCAAAACUACACAGUGUGAAACGACCACUAUAUGUUCUGGAUCAAUUGAUGGAGUUGAAUACUCAAGGCAGAAGGAAAAAGGGAUUUUGAAGAUGACUGUUCCAAUGACACUUGCGUUCUGCUAUAUGUCAUUACUUUGGCAGAGGGAACCAAUUACCCUUUCAGAUCUCUUGAGAUUUGUAGAAGAUGGUCAUAUUCCCUACAUAAACACCUACCAGAAUUUUCCAGAGGAGAUGAAGUUAUAUGGACAAGAUGUAAAAUUAUUUUCCAUUGAGUCUUGGCCUGUCUAUGAAGAUAUAUUUGAAAAAAUGAUUGAACUUGCAAAAUUUUUGGACUUACCUCGUUUUCCACAUAUAACUGAGAAUUGUUUUCUCCAUCCAAAUAUGUUGUGUAUGAAGUACCUGAUGGAAGCCAAUUUACCUGAUGAAAUGCAUAGCCUCACUUGUCAAGUUAUCAGAAUCACUGGUAUAGGAGAAGUGGAUUUCCUGACAUUUGAUCCAAUAACUCACAAGACAAAGACAGUAAAAUAUGAUGUUCUGGCUGUAGCUGUCAUUGUUGUGGUGCUGAAACUACUCUUUUUAUUGAAUGACAAUAUAGAAUGGUCCCUUUCUAAACUUGCUCAAGAAAAAAACGAAAACAAUCAUGAAGGUAAACCAUGUUUUGACUUCAGAAAGUGGUAUCAGAUUAUGAAGAAAAUAAUUGAUGAGAAACAGAAAAAACGAGAGGAAUUCAGAGCAAAGUACCUGUGGAAAAGUGAAAAGCCACUAUAUUAUUCAGCAGUGGACAGAUCAGUAGCUUACAAAAGACGACGAAUGGUAGUGGACCUGCAGAAACAGUUUAGCACACUGGUUGAUUCAGCACCAAAUCCUGAAAAGAAAAAACCAUCAAGUUUCCAGUUGAACUGGGCAGAAGACCAGAAUACAACUUGCUUCCAUGGACACAGCCUUCAGAACAUCCUACAAAAGAAAGGCAAAUCCUUAGUAACCCUGAACUCACAGUAUUGGCUUAGCACUCAGAAGUUCUGUAAGAGUUACUGUAAACAUGUGACUACCUACGAAGAAUCAAAUUUUUCUGUGAGCUACCAGUUUGUACUAAAUUUUUUCUCCUUCCUACUGAGGAUAAAGGCUUCACUUCUUCAUGAAGAGGUAAGCUUACUUGAAAAGAGACUUUUUUACAAAAAAUAUGAAAAUAAAAGUAAAGCCUCCAAAUCCAAAAAAGCAGGAAGAUCUUAAAAAGAUAAAAGUGAAAAUGGUUUUGAGAAACUUGCUUCUACGUAUCUUCGCGGUGUUUUUGGCACAAAAAUUGUACUUCAUUACUUCAAAAGAUUUGUUGUUUCAGCGUGGCGCACUCCAUCCAUCACUACAGACAACAAAUUGUACAUAUGUUAAAUGUUUUCAUGAGUUGUUGUAAGUCAGAAGUAAAUCCUGAUACCCAGCAUUCCUGUGAAUGCGCUUCAAACUUAUUUAGGAUGAUCCUUAAGCCUGCUGCCAGGCCCAUCCUUGAAGUCUUGUCAACUUGAUAUUACCUGCAAGAGCUGGUAUUCUGCCAUCUGAGAGAAUUCAGAGUCACCUCUACACCACAAAGAAGCAUCAGAAAGGACUUAAUGGGAAAAUAUUGUUGUAAAGCCUUAAUGUUUAAAAUUUAAAUUAUUGAGCAGUAGCAAAAUAUUAGUGAGAUUAUGUUUGAAGCAAACAUUAAGACUGUCUUACCUUUGUGUUUCCCUUAAUGCUUAGCUUGCAGCCUUAAUAAAUGUUUGUUGAAUCAAAUUAAAACAACAGAUGGGGGAAAUUAUUGGUUAGAGUAACUUAUAACUUAAUCACAUGUUGAAUUAAAAUAAGAAAGAUUUUUAAAAGACCAUUUAUGUAUGCAUGUAUGUAUAUAUGUAUACAUUUACACAUGUGUUACAUUAAUAUAUUUGUAUGCACUCACACUCAUAUACAUAGCUCUAGUGUAGUUGAUAGAGGGCUGUCUUUGAAGUCAGAAAAACCUGAGUUAAAGUCCCAUUUUUGACACAACCUAGCUAUGUGAAAUCAGUUAACUUCUUUGUACUUCUGGAACUAAGACUGAGUUGCAGAAUAAAUCAUGAUCUGCAUUGGUGAAUUUCCUCACUGAGAAUCCCUAUGCCAAUGAAAUCAUAGGUCAUCUUUAAAAUAAUAUUAAUUGUUUGCCUUCCCUUCUCUUAGUCUGUGAGGUCCUUGAGAGCAGGGACCAUGUUUUUACCAUUUUUUGAAUCACCAGGGCUUUGCUCAGUGCCUGACACAUAGGAACUACUUUAUAUACCCUUGCUGACUUAACGGAUUGACAGUGGUCUUAGAGCUAUGUAUUGGAAUAAGAGUUGUACUGUAUUAAAAACCAUGUCUAAUUUGAACUGUUUAUAAAUGUUCUUUCAGGAAAUGAGUGCCAUAAAAGUUAUAUAAAUAUUAUAUCUAAAAAUUUGUAUUCAUUUUAAAGCAGAAUUAAAAUUGUUUGUUAAAGAAUUAAAAUGGAAAACUUUCAUUUUAAUUUAGGUAUUAUGAAAUAGUAUGAAGUAUUAUAUGAAGUAUAGGGAGGCAUACAACUGACUUGUACAGUCUUUUCAUUUAUGGAGCUCUAGUCCAAAGUUGGUCUCUUAAGAAUGUGAGGAAAAAUCCAAACAUUUACUGCAAUAAUUUCAUUUCCAGUAUCCUUUAACAUAGGGACUGUAUGAUGAGGUCAGGCCUAAACCAAAGCCCAUCUUCCAGCUUUGUAAUAAUGACAAUAAAAGUUUUUAUUUGGAAAAUGCAUUAAAAAAAAGAAUGUGAGAAAAAUAUGUUGUAUUUUGAGUCAGUCUUGAUAGCCACAGUUCUUUGACUAUGAUUUGGAAAAAGAAUGUAAUUGGAAGAGAAGAGAAUAAAGAAAAACUCUGGAGAUGUUUCUAGAAUCCAGUUAAAGUCAUAUCAAUCUGUUUAUAAGCUUGGUAAAGGAAUAUCAGGAAUACAGUAUUAACUUCAAUAGUUAACACUUUUCACAUCUGUAAAAGGUAUUGCUUGAUUUUUAGCAGUAACCAGUGAUUUUUCUUAAAUGUAAAAGAGGUGUCAAAAUACUGUCCUAUUUCCCAGAGCUUUCCUGCAAAUCCUUUCUCAACUUUCAGUUGAAAGGUAUCAUAAAUUGGACUGAAAAGCCUUACAGCUCUCUUUUAGCUCUAAGAUUCUUUGGUUCUGGGAGAGCUAACCCUUGGAAUGAGACUCUUUUUUAACUUUAUUCAUCUUUCAGUCUCUUAAUUGUGAUUUUUUUUUGGAGGGGGUAAGGCAGGGCAAUUGGGGUUAAGUGACUUGUCCAAGGUCACACCGCUAGUAAGUGUGUCAAGUGUCUGAGGCCGGAUUUGAACUCAGGUCCUUCUAACUCCAGGGCCGGUGCACUGCACCCCCUAGCUUCCCCCUUAAUUGUGAUUUAUUCAGGCAAUAUGUUCAUUUUGGUAGCUUGGAACUUACCUGCCUAUGAGUGGAUAUCAGAUAUUUUCUAGGUCACAUUGAUAAAAAGAAAUCUCAUGUAGUUCCAACGUUUUUUUUUAAUCAGUAUCUUCUGUACUUGAUUUUAUUACCUAAAUAGCCCCUUAGUAUGCAAAUUCUGUGCCUUACUAUUUGAACAUGAAAAGUUAAAGGUGUGCAGAUGGAUUUGAUUGCAAAAAAAUUUUAAAUUCUAUACAACAAAAACAUAGUAUAAAAAGAAAAAUAAGUUUGUAUAAAAAUAUCCAGCAAAUAUAAUAGAACUUAAAAUCUAAAAUUUAUGAAGAAUGUAUACAAAUAAAGCAUUACUCAUUUAUUACUGGAUAAAUAGUGGAAGAGUUAUGAAUAGGCAGUGUACAAAAGAGGAAAAGCAUAGACAUUUUUAAAAUGACAAACUGAAUCACUAAAAAAUCUUCAACCUUAGUAAGCAUAAAUUAAAACAACUUUGAAAUACCAUUUCAUGUUUGAUCACACUGACGUAAAUAACUGAAAUGACAAAACUCAGUAGUAGAUAGUUCCUAGAAAAAUAAGUAUGCCCAUACAUUGCCAGAAGAUUUAGUUUGUAGAGGGCAAUAAAAUAUACACAAAAAAGUGAGAAAUUUUUAUACUUUCACUCAAUAUUAUCUCAUUGCUAGUAGUAGGUCCUCAGGUAACAGAUAUACAAUACAUCAUUGGGCUCAUUAGAAGCCUCUCCAGCUUUGUAUAGGACCUGCCUUAUAUUUAGUUGACAUAACCUUUCAGAACAUAAAGUCACCUCUACCCCAGGAUGAGGCAUCAGAGGAAAACUUUAGUGGGGACUAUAUAUAUAUAAUUAUAAUUCCUUAUUACUUAACCAACAUAUCAUUUCUCUUCUUGAAAGAUCACUUGUGAAGAUUGUGGGAAGGUGGCCAUGUGAUAGGAUCUAGAAAAGCCCAGCUCCCCCUACGAAAACCCAAGUAAAGUUCUAAAAACACCCCAGAAGGAAUAAUGAAAAACAAAGCCAGAAAUUUAGCUAUAAAACUCUCUUCCAUCUAGUAUAGGGCUAUAUCAAAAGACUAAUCUCAUUAGGAUAAGCCAUAGUAGAUGACAGCAGCCAGACCCGGCAACAGGAGACAAUUGGAGAGCAAUGCCCAGCAAAGGGUAACCCCAGAGAGCCUCAGGCACAAAAGGAAGUCAGACCAUAGGAGUACUGGGUUCAGGUGACCCCAGAGACCAGCAGGAGAUGGAGGGGCUUAGAACAGUGCUAAACAUGGGAGUAACCCUAGAGUUCCAGCAGCAGCAAGAAACAGCCAGAUCGGGAUCCAGGCAAACUUACCUGACACAUCCAAGCAGCCUGUGCAAAAUGCCUAUCUAGCAUCCAGGUAGCUUGGCCCUGAACCACAAUAGCAGACAAGGAUAGACAGUUCCUACGAAAUGUAGGCCCUAUUCUUAGCCACUGCACUUAGGAGCAAGCAGGACCUGCCUACAGCAUCCAGAAGGAUGGCACAUUCAUUGAUGCCCUGUUGAUGGAACUAUGAAUUGACUCAGCUAUUCUACAAGGCAAUUUCCAAAAUGUGCAACCCCUUUUACAAUACAGCUGCUAGAUCUAAAUCCCAGAGCAAUCAAAUAAAAAAUGAAAGGUCCUAUCUGCCUGUCUAUUCAUAGCAACUUUUUGUGUUAUCAUGGUGAAAACUAAGAUAUCAGUCAAUUAGAGAAUGAUUGAACAAAUUAUGACAUAUAAAUGUAAUGAAAUAUUAUUUUACUGAAGGCAAUGAUGAAAGAGACAGUUUCAGAGAAACUUGGUAAAACUUGAAUGAACUGAUGCAGAGUAAAGGGAGCAGAACCAGAAUAAUUUAUAUAAUAACAAUAGUGUAAAGACAACUUUGAAGUCCUUAAGAACUCUAAUCAUUUCAGUGGCCACAGAGAUUCUAAGAGAGCACUAAAUAGUCAUAUUUCUACCACCUGGUAGAGAUGGGAGGACCUCAAGAAGCAGAACAAGAUACACAUUUUUGGAACCUCUUUUGCUUAACUGUGCAUGUUUGUUUCAGGGGUUUUGUUUUUCUCUUUUUUCAAUGAUGUUUAGGAGUUGGAGGGAGAGAAAAUGAAUGCUUGUUAAUUG